AUGGUCAGCAAAGUAGCUAAACGGAAAGCUGAAGCUGCGAGCUCAGCUUCAAAAUUUUCUGAAACGAUUUCCGCCAGCUGGAACGCCUACUACAAGCAAGUUAGCGCAGACCAACGUCUGCAGCUGAUUGACAGUUUCCUGGUGGCUCUAGUCGUCGGAGGUGUGAUCCAAUUUCUGUUUGCUUGUGUGGUCGGUGACAGCUUUCCGCUGAAUGCCUUUUUGGCAGGCUUCUGUGCAUGUGUAGGCCAAUUUGUGCUUUUGGUCAGUCUGCGGAUGCAAUGGGUAGAACCAUUCCCUAAAGUAAGUCGCGAUCGUGCCUUUCUUGAAUUUGUUGGGGGUAGUCUUGUGCUGCAUUUCCUGUGCUUGCACUUCGUCAAUUGA